AUGAGUAACAAGAUAACGACUCGACAAGCCAAGAAGCGUCGACUCGCCGAGAGAGAUCAUCCAUUAUGGGAACUCGUCGUGAAUAACGACGAUAUAAGUUUAACCCACAUCGUUCCAAAGCUAAACGUCACGGACGUGAAAUUCUUGUACGAAACAAAUAAGGCAUCGAGAGCGUUGAUUAAACGCGCUCCGCGGGAGAUAAAGUCACACAUACGCAAGAAGUUUAGAAUUGAAGAGAUGUCGUCGAUAUCGACCUUGGAAUGCGCGUGGGAGAAACGACCGCCGUGGUUGAAGGACGAGAGAGAUUUUUGCACGAAAGUUGCUGAAACGAAUAAACUCGAGUUACUCAAGUGGAUACGAGAGGAGAAAAAGUGCAAAUGGGACGGAUGGACGAUGAGUUCAGCCGCGUCUCAAGGGAAUCUGGAAAUGAUAAAGUAUUGCGUGGCAAAUGAGUGUCCCGUGGAUGAGAGGGCGUGUACGUGCGCCGCGCGAAACGGGCAUCUCGAGGUACUGAAAUACUUACGCGAAGAAGUCAAAGCGCCGGUGAACGGAAAGGUGAUUAAGAUAGCGGCGUGUCACGGUGACCUCGAAUUGAUACGGUAUCUUGUCGAAAACAAAUGCGCGGGGUGGGAGAACGGGUAUCUCGAUGCGCUCGAUAUUAUCGCCAAACACGGCCAUUUCCAGUGCCUGAAAUACUUGCACGAAGAAGUCAAAUUGCCUUUGAACGGAAGAAUGAUUGACUUUGCGGCGAACCGAGGUCAUCUUGAAAUGAUACGGUAUCUCGUCGGGAAGAAAUGCGAAGGUUGGGAAGACGGCUGCCGUGAGGCGCUCAGUUCUGCUGUCUAUUGCGGUGAAGUAGAGUGCCUCAAAUACUUGCACGAAGAAAUCAAAGUGCCUUUCGACCAGGACGAUGAAGAUUCGACGAUGGAUUUAGCGUUACGAGGAGGAUCUACGAACGUCGAAAUGUUCAAAUAUCUCAUCGAGAAUAAUUGUCCCAUAGAAAUACCUCAUAUGAUAUGUUCGUGUCUUAUUGGUUAUCAAUCAAGCCAUCAUCAUGGCGGGAGAAAACCCAAAGGGAGAUGCAAUUUUAUGCUAUUAGAGUGCCUCAAAUAUCUACACGAGGAGGCCAAAAUGCCUCUCACCGAAGACACGAUGAUUGAAGCCGCGGGAUUCGGUGAAAUCGAAAUCAUGCGUUAUCUCGUCGAGAAGAAAUGUCCUAUCAGUUCGGAUGGUCGGGCGCUUAGUCGUGCCGCAGAAGACGGUGAUCUAGAAUCUGUCAAAUACCUAUUCGAAAUCGGCACGCCAGUGAAUAUAAACGCUCAGAGAUGGCUCAGUACGUGGGGGUAUACACCCGAUAUGUAUAUGGGACCGGAACGAGCCGAACGUUUUCUAGAAAAAGCGGGGGAUGACGGCGAAUAUCCUCACCUUUGGUCGCGAUAA